AUGGCCGAGUACAAUCAACCUGUGGUCGUCGACAACGGCAGCGGCGUGCUGAAGGCCGGCUUUGCGGGUGGCGAACUGCCUCAAGUGGUGUUCCCUUCUUAUGUGGGGACCACGAAGCAUCUGCGAAUGAUGGCUGGUGGGGCGUACGAAAGCGGGGACACGUUUGUCGGGAGUCGAGUGCAGCAGCACCGUGGAUUGUUUUCCAUCAAGUAUGCGAUGGAACACGGUAUUGUCACAGAUUGGGAACGAAUGCAGCGGAUAUGGGAACACAUGUACUCGAAGGACAUGCUCAACAUCGCGAGCGACGAGCACCCUGUGCUUCUCACCGAGGCGCCGCUCAACCCAGCUGCGAACCGUAUCAAGGCGGCCGAGGUUUUCUUCGAGAGCUUCAACGCCCCGGCAUUCUUUGUGUCACCCCAAGCAGUUCUGUCCCUGUACGCUUCUGGACGAACUACGGGUGUCGUCUUGGACGUCGGAGAUGGCGUUUCCCAUGUCGUGCCUGUGUACGAGAGCUUUACAUUGCCGCAUGCGAUCACGCGCAUGGACGUGGCCGGGCGCGACGUAACCAACUAUUUGCAGCUGCUGUGUCGCCGCGCAGGGUAUAACUUUCAGACAUCGGCCGAGCUCGAAGUCGUCAAGGAGAUCAAGGAAAAGCUGUGCUACGUCGCGUUCAACCCGACCAAGGAGGAGCAGCUGGCUUCCCAUCAUGCGAUCAACGACCCGACCAACCCUGUCGGCAGCUCUUCAAGCGCCCACGCGAGCUCCGAAUACCGCCUUCCCGACGGCAACAUCCUUCAACUCGGUCCGGAGAAGUUCCGAGCUCCAGAAAUCUUGUUCCGCCCAGACCUCAUCGGCUCGGAACACACUGGCGUUCAUGAUUGUUUGGUGCAAGCAAUUCUGCGCGCCGACCUGGAUCUGCGCAAGACGCUGUUCUCGCAAAUAAUCCUGAGCGGUGGGUCGACGCUGUUUCCAGGAUUUGGCGACCGCCUCCUCAGCGAAGUGCGCAAGAAGGCGCCCAAGGAUAUCAAGAUUCGCAUUUCCGCACCGCCAGCGCGCCAAUACUCGACGUGGAUCGGAGGUUCUAUCCUGGCGUCGUUGGCUACGUUCAAGACGAUGUGGAUCACCAAGGCCGAAUACGAAGAGCAUGGUGCAUCCAUCGUCCAUCGCAAAACCAUCUAAUCUGUCGCAGAUCUUCUUGGACACCCCUUAACAAUACACCCUCGUCUUGCGUGCAAAUGAA